ACACCAGUCGUUAUUGUCACUAGCAGCUCUUCUAUCUCAUACUCAACGCAUACCUCUUUUGUUACGGAGGUUCUUCAAAGUACCGAAAAUGGAGUGCCAGUCUAUUCAACGGUGACCUCAGUGGUCCUUGCUUCGACGCCUGUUACCACCAUAGUCGCUCCCAUCACAUUGACGAGCACCCCGGGUACCACACCAACUGUUGCCGCACAACAAAAUGCCGGUGGCGGUGGCGGUGGCCUCUCAACUGGGGCCAAAGCAGGAAUUGGAGCCGGUGUUGGCAUCCUUGUCCUUGCUGCCGCUAUCUUUGGUGGUUGGUAUAGCUGGUAUAUGAGACGUAGGAGAAGACGAGAUUCCAUCGACACCAGUGAUCGCUACACGGCCACACCUAGUAUGGCCGAAUACGGCGGUCCCAUUGGUGGCGCUGCGGCUGCUGGUCUAGGUGGAAUGGGUGCAGCCGCGGCCUACUCAGAUCGCUCAGACAGGAGAUCAGAGCUGCCUUCACCUCCCCCAGCCUCUCCUCCACCUCGCUCCCCUGACAGACUUCUCCCGGGAGCCGCAGCAAUCAGAUCCUGGAAUUCUGGAUCCCCUCCACCUCAGCAUUGCUCGUCACAUAUGUCGGUUUCUGAUCAGAGUGAGUAUGAUCAGGGUGGCAAUAAUCAUCUACAGAAUGUUGCCCCCGGAUAUUUCGCCAAUCUGAACGAACUACCUGAAAGUCAGCGAAACAUCCACCAGCUCCCAGAUGAUCAGAGGAAUAUACAUCAGCUACCAGAUGACCAGAUCGGCGCUGCUGCAGCACGCCAACGCCAUCUCUCGGGAGGAUCAGCCGGAUUCCAACAAUACCAGCAAGAUGGAUAUCAAUCGGGCCCAGUCUCGAACCAAGACUCCUACGAGCUCCCCAGUGGCAGUCCACCGUCGAGCUAUCGUGGUGCGGAACGUGAAGUCCCAAUGCACCAGAGACAGUCUGACAGGGUGCCAAUUCGUCCAGGCCACUUUUCGCCGUCACAUAAUUUUUAA